GAUAUUACAGUGAAAGGAGAGAAAGAACCUUUCAGAAUGAAAAAGGAGGAAGAAGAGGCUGUUAUAGGGAAAGAAGAGAAAGCAUCCUCUUCCUCUCUAAAAGGUUCUAUCUCAGUAAAGGUGAAGGAGGAAGAGGUUUUGGGAGUGAAAGAGGAGGAGACAGAAUAUCAGAUUAACACCAGAGAGAGACAUGACUAUCGUGGAUCCUCUGGGGAGCCUCAACAUCCUGAUGCUGACGAGACAGAGAAGAGUCUCUCCAUUUCAGAAGACCAGAUGGACAACGCUAGCCCUUCCUCUCUCCCGGAGUCCCCGUGUCAUGCCUCUCCCGGUAGCACCUUACUGCUGGGUAUGAAGAGGUUGUCUGUGCUGCUGGUGGACUGCAGGAAAACAACGGGGCUGAGUGGAACUGUGAGAGGAGGAGAAGAGAUGAAAGGAUCAGAUUUGACUCAUCAAAGAGAAAGACCAGACUCUGAGGAACCAAAGCCAGGGACGUCCAAACGAGCAAGGCGACAUCAGUGCUCCCACUUUAGAAGGGGUUGUAACCAGUUAUGGGACCUGAAACAACACGAGAAAAUACACACAGGAGAGAAGCCUUACCACUGUUCCCAGUGUGGUAAGAGUUUUCACCAGAAAGCACACCUGAAAGCUCACGAGAUAAUACACACAGGGGAGAAACCUUACCACUGCUCCCUGUGUGGAAAGGGUUGUAACCAGUUAGGAGACCUGAAAAAACACGAGAGAAUACACAGCGGGGAGAAGCCUUACCACUGUUCCCAGUGUGGAAAGAGUUUUAACCAGAAAGCACACCUGAAAGCUCACGAGAGAAUACACACAGGAGAGAAGCCUUACCACUGCUCCCAAUGUGGAAAGUGUUUCAUCCGUUCGGUUGAGCUGAAACGGCAUGAGAGAAUACACACAGGAGAGAAGCCUUACCACUGCUCCCAGUGUGGAAAGAGUUUCAACCAGAAAGCAUGCCUGAACCAACACGAGAGAAUACACACAGGAGAGAAGCCUUAUCACUGCUCCCAAUGUGGAAAGUGUUUCAAUCAGAGAGGACACCUGAAAAAGCACGAGAGGAUACACACAGGAGAGAAGCCUUACCACUGCACCCAAUGUGGAAAGAGUUUCAUCCGUUCGGGGGAGCUGAAACAACAUGAGAGAAUACACACAGGAGAGAAGCCUUACCACUGCUCCCAGUGUGGAAAGAGUUUCGACCGGAAAGAAUACCUGAACCAACACGGGAAAAUACACACCGGAGAGAAGCCUUACCAUUGCUCCCAAUGUGGAAAGUGUUUCAACCGGAGAGGAAACCUGAAAAAACAUGAGAAUACACACAGGAGAGAAGCAGGGCAGAAGCCUUACCACUCAUCCCAGGGUGCAAAGCUUUUGCCCAUUUAGGAAGCCUGAAAGAACACAUUAGACUGCACACAGAGGAGAAGGCUUAGAAAAGCUCAGACUGUGGGAAAACAUAUUACUCAUAACAGUCAUUUAAACGUCAUUAGAGAAUCCACACAGGAGAGAGAAAUUACUUCUCUUAGCGUGUAUGUUGAUAUUUCACAUCACAUUGACUUAAACUUCAUCAGAGAACAUACACAGUGCUCCCGUUGUCUUAUAUUGUUGACUGAUGAUGUGUUUACCUGUCUUUACCAGAUGAAAUUAAAUGGUACAGGGUAUACUCAAACAUAUAUUUGUUUGUUUUUAUUAGAAAACAUGAAUUGAAUAUGGAGUAUGUCAGUUUGAAUAUAAAGAUCAGGUUCCUUCUUUUAAACUGUCCUUUUUUAAAACUCUUUGUGUGUGUUUAUCUGGGUGUGUCAUUCCUCCAGCACUACAGAUAAUCAAGUGAUAUUUGGAUGUGAUGCAUUUGUUCCAUUGUUGACAUCUGCAUUGUUGGCCCACUGAUGAUUUAAUGAAAUUAAAAUGUUCAGACUCUGUAAUGGAAAAUGUUAAUUGUUUGUGUGUCCACAUAACUGAGUAUGUGACUAACCUUGUGAAACUGUCCUAUUAUAAGCUCCUGUUCUUGGGAGGAUCAUUCUGUGUUGCAAACCAGCUGCACCUGCAUCCUUGUAUGAAUAAAGUCCCUCCCAGUAACAGGAAACUAUAAAGAUAUGUGCUCAUCACUCAAUGCUUCAGGAAUUCAGACUGUCUACACUGCGCUGUGUAACUCUGUUAUUCUCUCUGAGCUCAGAAAUCAAGAAUCUUGGUUUGACUUGGACUCCAGCAGAUCCUUAUUGUAUAAUAUGCAUCACAGCUCUCCCAAGGAUUGCUGUUUAUCAUUGUCUCAAAGAAGAGUUCCUCGUUCCACUUUCCUGGGGGCAUUUACAAGCCUCCCACUGGUUGAAUAAAAAUUGUAUCCACAUCAUUUCAACAAAAGAAAGAAAUCCAUGUGAUGUUUGAUCAAUGUGAAAAUCUGAUUGGAUUUGAAAAAGCAUCAACAUCAAGUAUUUUUUUUGUAUUUUUCACCCAACCAGCAACCGAUAUGCAAUGACAGGUUACAUUUAGUGUUUCACCCAACCAGCAACCGAUAUCCAAUGACAGGUUACAUUUAUUGUUUCACCCAACCAGCAACCUAAAUCCAAUGACAGGUGAUGUUUUGUGUUGAUUUCAUGUUGAAUUCACUUUAGUUGACAACUCAAAGAAAUGUAAAUAGAAACUAGAUGUUGAACUGAUGUCUGUGGGCUGGUUUGAAUAAGCAGCAGGUGUUGGAUCGAUAUCCACCUUAGUAGCUAAGUUUCCAUGUAAUUUGAGACAGAUUUUCAUGUGAAUAUUCU